AUGAGAGAACAAACAAAAUUAGCGCAAAUGGAGAAAGAAAUGAAUAGAUAUGGAAUAAAAAUCUUUGGGUUAAGCGGAGUUAGGUGGCGAGAACAUGGAGCGGGAAUAAUUAUAAAAAAAGCUCUAAAAACAGCCCUGCUCGCAUGGAAGCCAAUAUCAAAUAGAAUAAUGACUGUCUGUUUUCGCUCAAGAAUCAAUAACACAACCAUAGUUCAGUGUUAUGUUCCAGCAGAAAUCUCAGAAGACGAGAUAAAAGAUGAAUUUUAUGAGCAAAUAACGGCAACACUAAGUGACGUCCCAAAAUCUGACAUCCUAAUACUAAUGGGAGACUUUGAUGCAAAAGUGGGAAGUAAGCCAUGGCCAGCAGUAGGAGGUCAUGUCAUGGGUGUCAGAAAUAACAAUGGAGAAAGAUUAAAAGAGACAUGUGAACAACACGAUCUGGUGGUGGGCGGUACAAUAUUCCCGCAUAAAUCGAUAUACAAGUACACUUGGGUCUCUCCAAUUUACACAACUAAAAAUCAAAUAGACCACAUCUGUAUUAGGCGGAGAUGGGUGAAAUCGAUGCUGGAUGUAAGAACAUGGCGCAGCGCAGAUGCUCAAAGUGAUCGUAUGCUAGUUACGGCUGACAUAAGAAUCAAACUGGCGACCAGAAACGCACCAGCAAACUCCAGAAGGAAGCGAAUAUGUGUGCAGAAAUUAAAAUCAGGCGAUACAAAAGAAGAAUUUGUAAUAAACAUACAACAAGCGGUAAAUAGCCAACAAAAUAUGUCACACAAACAAAUACGAGAUGUUUACCGCCGAGUUGGAGGGGAUCACGGAAGAAACAUGGGCUGCCAUAGAAGAAAUAAAGAGAAUGGUCAGGAAAGAUAA